AAUGCUAAGAGGCUGGUCUCGUCCGCUUAACUAUCUCUUCGUCGUUCUCAUCAAAACCAGUUACCGACUCCUCGUUUCGAAACAGAACCCGACCCGAAUCCAAAUCAGAAUCUUCUCCGUCGCUCCGGCUCGAUUCGACGUAUAACUUUCAACGGAAUUCCACGCCGCCGUGUUCUUCUCUUCGUAACUUGAUUGAUAAUCUCUGAAUCGAUUCAAUUAAGAUGGGAAACGGUGAAAGAGGAAGAUCUAGCAAGAAGAUGAAGUAUGGUGGCAAGGAUGAUCAAAAGAUGAAGAACACCCAAAAUGAAGAAUACUACCUCGGUGAUGAUGCUGAUGAAGAUUCUCGUGAAGGUGAAGGAGAGAAGAUGAAUACUGAUUUUAGCAAGUUGGAGUUGAAGCCAGAUCAUGGCAACAGACCCUUGUGGGCUUGUGCUGAUGGAAGGAUUUUCCUGGAAACUUUCUCUCCUCUCUACAAGCAGGCUUAUGACUUCCUUAUCGCCAUUGCUGAGCCCGUUUGCAGGCCAGAGUCGAUGCACGAAUAUAAUUUAACACCUCACUCUCUCUAUGCUGCUGUUUCCGUCGGUCUUGAGACGGAAACCAUCAUAUCCGUUUUGAAUAAGCUGUCUAAGACUAAGCUGCCCAAGGAUAUGAUUGAUUUCAUCAAUGCUUCUACUGCCAAUUACGGGAAAGUGAAGCUGGUUUUGAAAAAGAAUCGGUAUUUUAUUGAAUCCCCAUUCCCUGAUGUGCUGAAAAAGCUUGGCAAUGAUGUUGUUAUAAGCAAAGCUAGAUUUUAUGAGCCAUACGGCGGUGAUGGAUUCACAGUCGGAAAAACAAGCGGUGAACUUGAAGCAGGACAUGGGGAGUUGUUGAAUGCAGCAGAGUUGGCAGCUGCUGCAGAAGAGAAAGAAACUCACUCGUUUGAGAUAGACCCCGCACUGGUUGAGACUGUAAAGCAGCGUUGCUUGCCAAGUGAAUUGAAUUACCCUAUGUUAGAGGAAUAUGACUUCAGGAACGACAACGUUAAUCCUGAUCUUGACAUGGAACUGAAGCCCCAUGCACAGCCGAGGCCGUACCAGGAAAAAAGUUUGAGCAAAAUGUUUGGGAACGGACGAGCAAGAUCUGGGAUUAUAGUGUUGCCUUGUGGUGCUGGUAAAUCUCUAGUUGGUGUUUCUGCAGCUGCUCGUAUAAAAAAGAGUUGUCUUUGUUUGGCUACAAAUGCUGUUUCGGUGGACCAGUGGGCCUUCCAGUUCAAGCUGUGGUCGACUAUAAGAGAUGACCAAAUAUGCCGUUUCACUUCUGAUAGUAAAGAACGAUUCCGUGGAAAUGCUGGUGUUGUUGUGACAACUUAUAAUAUGGUUGCCUUUGGUGGUAAACGAUCUGAGGAAUCAGAGAAGAUCAUAGAAGAAAUGAGGAACAGAGAGUGGGGGUUGUUGCUCAUGGACGAGGUACAUGUGGUUCCCGCUCAAAUGUUUAGGAAAGUUAUCAGUAUCACAAAAUCUCACUGCAAGCUAGGACUUACAGCCACCCUUGUCAGAGAAGACGAAAAGAUUACAGAUUUGAACUUCCUCAUUGGCCCGAAACUGUAUGAAGCCAAUUGGCUAGAUUUAGUUAAAGGAGGCUUUAUUGCAAAUGUUCAGUGUGCUGAAGUAUGGUGUCCUAUGACCAAAGAAUUUUUUGCAGAAUAUCUGAAGAAAGAGAACUCCAAGAAAAAACAGGCACUUUAUGUAAUGAACCCUAACAAGUUCAGAGCCUGUGAGUUUCUUAUACGUUUCCAUGAACAACAACGCGGGGAUAAAAUCAUUGUCUUUGCAGACAAUCUUUUUGCACUUACAGAGUAUGCAAUGAAACUCCGCAAACCGAUGAUUUAUGGUGCAACCAGCCAUAUCGAACGAACCAAAAUUCUAGAGGCGUUUAAAACCAGUAAAGACGUGAACACCGUCUUCUUGUCAAAGGUUGGUGAUAACUCUAUAGAUAUUCCUGAAGCUAAUGUGAUCAUCCAGAUUUCGUCACAUGCUGGUUCUAGACGUCAAGAGGCUCAGCGUCUGGGUCGUAUUCUUAGGGCCAAGGGUAAAAUUGAAGAUAGAAUGGCUGGUGGAAAAGAAGAGUACAAUGCAUUCUUCUACUCACUUGUUUCUACAGAUACGCAGGAAAUGUAUUAUUCAACGAAAAGACAGCAGUUCUUGAUCGACCAAGGUUACAGCUUUAAAGUUAUAACAAGUCUUCCACCUGCUGAUGCCGGUUCGAGCUUAAGCUACCACAGUCAAGAAGAACAGUUAUCCCUUCUCGCCAAGGUGUUGAAUGCUGGAGACGACUUGGUUGGUUUAGAGCAACUGGAAGAAGACACAGACGGAAUGGCCCUGCAAGCGGCGAGACGGAGGAAGGGACUGAUGAGUGAAAUGUCGGGUGCAAAAGGAUUUGUUUACCAGGAAUUCAACUCUGGCCGUCACAAAUCUUCUGGUCAACAAUCCAGGAAGCCUAAAGAUCCUACAAAACGACACCAACUCUUCAAGAAACGUUUUGUGUAACACACAAGGUAAACCAAGAAAAGGUUUCAGAGCCCUCUUGUUCGCUGGCGUUUAGUUUAUUUUUGAGUUGUCAUAAGCAAUUUUAACUUUUUGGAGAAUUUCUCUUCAGAACUUACUUUGUACUUAAUAAUCCUAUAUGUAGUGGAUUUUUUUGUGGCAGUUGGUUUCUUUCCUUUUUAAAGUAGAAGUGUUACUGACAAACAAAUAGGUAAAGUGUUAACAGUAAAAGAAGAAAGACAUUAUCAUGAAACUUGGACAUGUUUAGUGUUUUUAGCACAGAAGCUAAAAUGGACAAGUAAUCAAAAGAUGCAUCUUAAAAAUAUUUUAUAAAUUAUUCUUUUAUUUCAAAGUUAGCAUAGCAUAAUUAUUUCAAAAAGUAAAAACCCUAUUUUCUCUCUCGCUUAAAGCCGGCGCAUCUAGUGCUGAAACCCUAAUCCGGCGGCCGUCGUCUCUCGCGGUCGCCGGAGCUAGUCCUUAAAGUUGUGUCCCUGUCUUCUCUUCGUUUGUGUCCAUGUUUUGUCUUUGUUUAUGUCCUUCUUCCUUCUCUGAGAUUUGUCUCCUCUACCUGGAACACUGCAGAGUAGUGUGAAGAGCCCAUGUUUUGUUAGAUCCGUUGAACCUUCGCUAGAUCUGGGUGCGUGGAAGGAUGGUUGUGGGUGGUUUAUCCGUUUGCGACCCUGAUCGAGGUAAAAGUUUCAUGCUUUGGUGGCUCCCCUGUGUCUUCAGCCUGUUCGAGUGGUGUUGUGACAGUUUGAAAGGGUUUGAAUCCAGUUAUUCUCUCUGGUUUUUAGAGUGUGGCUUAGUUGGUCUUUGAUUUAGCAACGGUUAGCAGUAACGUGGUGGUGUGUGAUGAGCAGGUGAAGAUUGUGGUCCUUGUGAUGAAGUUGGUUUCUGGUUACCUUUUCAUCUCAGGUUGGAAGUGGUCAUCUUUUCUCCCUUUUUAUAAGUGUUAUUCCUGGUAUACUUUUACUCUCUGUUUGCCCUCGGUGGCUUCUUGUAGUGAAGCAAUAUAAUGAGGCUGAGGUGCGAAAGCUUCCAGAUGAAGAUGCGUUUGAGUGGAGGCUUCCUUCUAUUGAUGUUUCUUCAUGGUUUCUGCCUUGGUACAUGCGUAGUGGUUUGUUGGUUGUCAUCGUGAACAUGAGGUUCAGAUGAGAUCGUUGUUGUUUGGGUGUUGUCAUCGUGAACUUGUGGUUCAGGUGACAGGUGAGGUCUUUGCUCUUCAUGAAGAAGUCUACUAUGUUACGGCUAUCUUGCUUACUUCAUUGCAAGACUUCCGGCUAGUCAUCAUCUUUUUAAGUUCUUACUCUUGUAUCUUUGGAGUGUUUUGUUCGGUUCUUUUAAGGAGUGUUAGGAUAUGUUCUAUGUUUCUGUGUUGGUAUGUAGCCCGGGUGUUUUGGGUUUAGUUUCCGGGGAAGUGUAUGUUUUCUGCCGGCUCUAGUGUUUCAACUUUGUAUCCUUCCAUUGCUAUCAAUGAAAAUCAAAUGGAAAAAAAAAAAGCAUAGCAUAAUUAUUUUA